GGCCCACUAGAGAAAGUUAACUCGGCCGGCGGCUUGGGCGACCCCGGCAGAGGUGUCGAGCUGCGGCGAGAUGGACGGCGGCGGCGGCGGCGGCGGCGACGGCGGGAGGAGCAGGGAGCUGGAGAGGCUGCGGGCGGAGAGGGACGAGCUAGACGCCCGCAUACGGCUGCUAGAGUCGGAGCUCGAGGCCGGCUCCGCCGCUCCGGUCUCACCCGGGGCGGGGGUGGGAGACGGCGGGUGCGUCGGCGGUGGCGGUGCGUGCCAGGCGCGCCCUGGGCUCGCGGAUGCCGAUUCCCUCCCGGCCGACAUGAUCUACCGGUACAGCCGCCACCUCCUCCUCCCGGACUUCGGGGUCGAAGGCCAGAAGAAGCUCUCCCGGUCAUCGAUUCUGGUGGUCGGCGCCGGGGGACUGGGCUCGCCCGUGGCGCUGUAUCUAGCAGCUUGCGGUGUUGGGGUCUUGGGCAUUGUCGAUGGUGAUGAUGUUGAGCUUAACAACCUUCAUCGACAGAUAAUCCACCAAGAAGCUUACAUUGGAAGAUCGAAAGUGAAGUCAGCAGCUGAUACUUGCCGUGCGAUUAAUUCGUCUAUUAAGGUGGUAGAACAUCAUCAUACUUUGAAGCCAAGCAACGCUUUGGAGGUUGUGAGGAAAUAUGAUAUAGUUGUUGAUGCAACUGACAACCUUCCUACGCGGUACAUGAUCAGUGAUUGUUGUGUAUUGCUAAACAAGCCUCUUAUAUCUGGUGCAGCAUUAGGUUUAGAAGGACAGUUGACUGUUUAUCAUCAUAACGGAAGCCCAUGCUACCGGUGUCUUUUCCCAAAUCCACCACCAGUGGCAGCUUGCCAGAGAUGCUCAGACAGCGGCGUUCUUGGGGUUGUUCCGGGAGUGAUUGGCUGCCUGCAAGCCCUAGAGGCUAUAAAGGUUGCAAGUGAUGUUGGUGAACCUCUAAGUGGAAGAAUGCUGCUCUUUGACGCUCUAUCUGCUCGUAUUCGAAUUGUUAAGAUUCGAGGAAGCUCGCCUACUUGUACCGUUUGUGCAGAAAAUUCAGUUUUCACGCAAGAAGAUUUUCAGAAGUUUGAUUAUGAGACCUUCACACAAUCCCCAAUGUCUGACAAGACGGCACCGAGCCUGAACCUGCUACCAGAAAGUGCCCGCAUCACUUGUACAGAGUACAAAGGGCUGAUCGACAAGGGGGAACCUCACGUGCUGUUGGAUGUACGGCCUGCUCAUCAUUUCCAAAUAGUUUCACUUUCCCGGUCUCUGAACAUACCACUCUCCAUUCUGGAGGAGAAGCUGCCUAUGCUCGAGACCUCAAUGAAGGAAACUAUGGAUGCCUCCGCCACCUCAGAUAAACAGCCUUCCUUGUACGUUGUCUGCAGAAGAGGCAACGACUCACAGAGCGCUGUCCAGCUUCUCCGCGAGAAGGGCUUUCACUCCGCCAAGGACAUAGUCGGUGGCCUGCAGUCUUGGGCACAUGACGUCAAUCCUGAUUUCCCCGCAUACUAGCGAAGUACAUUUUGGGCUUAUUGCCGAAGUUCCAGCCUUAAUACUGGACAUGAACGUCCAGCUUGAGACCGUUGUUUUGUGUGGCGUUGCUUACUUGAGCUAUCUUGUAAUUUGUUGCUGUAAGUCUAGAACUCCGGAUUGCUACCUCCAAAAAUCUGGUGGAGUUGUAGUAAGACACUGCAGCAGGUAUACAGGCGCGAGGCGCCUUGGUGAAGUUUCUGUGAAAGGUGUUUCCUGUAAACUUCCGGUUGUCAUCGUCGAGGAGUAUUACUGUUGUCA